AUGAAGAACGCAGCGACCACUUCUCUCCGGGCUCUGCAGUCCGUCCGCUCGAGGACGGCUGCUUCGGCUACCCGCGCGCUUUCGACCUCGACCUGCUGCCGCGAUGCCUCGGCAGAGGCCGAGAGCUCGUCGUCGUAUUACUCGGUUAGGGAGGGCGAGAGUACCCAGGACUCAUGGAAGCGUAACCUUGGCGAGGUUCGUGAAUGGAGGAGGCGGAAGGCCGGUGUUUACUCGACCCUUCCUCUCUACCUGCCCGGCGAGCAGAACCAGGCUGCGCCCUCGCCCAAGGAGGCGACUCUCUCGACUCUGAUGGCCUCUGGCGCCGCUCUUGGCCACUCCAAGUCGCUCCUUGCUCCCCCUUACACCCCUUACGUGUAUGGUACUCGCUCGGGAUUGAGCGUCAUCGACCUGGAGCAGACUCUCCCCCUUCUCCGUCGCGCUGCGGCCCUUAUCCGUGAUGUGGUCAAGGCCGACGGUGUUGUUCUCUUCGUUGGUACCCGCCCCGCACACAAGAAGGCGCUGUCCAAGGUCCGCGAGCGUCUGGGCGACAACGGCUUCAUCACCGACUCGUGGCUCCCCGGUACCAUUACCAACUCCGAGUCCUACUUUGGCACCACCCCUGUGGAGAAGGGCUACCACGUCCCCGACGUCGUCGUCUUCCUCAACCCUGGCGAGAACCUCGGUGCCAUCCGCGAGUGCUCGUCGUUCAACGUCCCCACCGUCGGCGUCAUCGACUCGGACACGGACCCGCGUAUCGUCACCUACGCCGUUCCCGCAAACGUCGAGAGCAUCCGUACCACCGAGCUCAUUGCCGGCGCUCUCUCGAUUGCGGGCCAGGAGGGCCGCCGCCUCCGUCUCCAGAACACUGAGCAGCAGAUCAACCGCGACUUUGCCCGCAAGACCAAGCACAGCAAGGCCGCCGAGGCUGAGGCCGUGGUUGAGGCCGAGGUUGAGGCUCAGGUUGAGGUUGAGGCUGAGGACACCAAGAUUAAUGCUUAG